AUGAAGUUACAAAACAAAGCAUUUCCCGCAUUAAUCGCUUCAAUUUUUAUGCUCAGUUCUCUAAGUACCGUUAUACAAGUACAAGCACGCAUUUACAAUAAAUGUGCGUUGGCACGUCGUCUCUAUCGCAUGGGUAUGCCUUUUCAUGAGCUGGACGAUUGGAUGUGUUUGAUCGAGGGAGAGAGCUCCUUCAAUACGAAAGCCAUAAAUCCAUCGAAUGUGGAUGGCUCCGUCGAUUGGGGUCUGUUUCAAAUCAACGAUCGCUACUGGUGCAAGCCGGCCGAUGGACGUCCAUCCACCGAUUCGUGUCGCAUGCCUUGUCGUCUACUACUGAGCGAUGACAUACGGUUUUCGGUCGCCUGUGCAAAGUAUAUACGACGCAUACAGGGCUUCAGCGCUUGGGUCGCAUGGAAUAAUCGCUGUCAAGGCUAUAAGCCGAGUGUGAAGCAUUGUUUUGUGCAUAGUGGACCGUACUUGAAAUGAAGUUGUACGCGAUUGUGAAUGUUUCAAUUUAAUGUUGUUUCAUGUUGUAAUGAAAGAAAAGUGAAUAAAUAUAAGAUGAACUUUAAAGCUUUCAUUUUAUCAAAUGCUAAUAUUAUCUCAGACAUUAGACUAAGGAACAAUAAUAUAUAAUAAUAAUCCUCUAGUAUUGAUGGACAUGAGUGGAAUUUGUUCGGUUAUGAUUAUUGUAGUUGUUGUAGUGACAGUAAACAUCCCCGGAAUAAUUUAGAGGAAUGCUGUCGAGUUGGCAGUUCAUGGCCAGCUAAAAAUGCCGGUCCAUUUCGUUUACGUAGACCCGACUAUCAUGGAAACGGUAAAAAUCCGGUCCGUUUUGCUUACGUAGGCUUUUCAAUCGUAGGAACGGCCUGACAUAUAAUCCAUAUUAACUCGAUAUUAAUAUAAUAGUGACCUUUAGUAACCCCUUUACCACGGAAAAUACGGUUUUGAUUCACUUCGAACUUCCGGAGACAAUUAUUUCUGAACUCGUGACCUGAAAGCUCUCGUAACAUUACAGGUAU